AUGGUUGAGCCAGACACGUCCACUCAUGAUCGCCUGGUUCUUAUCUUCAGAGUGUUUCUAUUCCAGGCUUCUUCCAUCUUUGGUCAACACGUCGCUCCUCUCAGCGACUCCCCUCAGCUUCAUUUGUCUCUGCCUCACUCCCCCACCUCCUGGCAUCAAUAAAAGCCAAACAGCAAAAGACCAAGCAGUAAGUGCCCUCCAUUCUUGACGCAGCAUGGCUCCAAAGAAAGUUGAACCAAAGAAGACAGAGGUCAAGAAAGUGGAGGCGAAGAAAGAAGAGCCUCCACCUCCUCCCAAGCCCGCAGAGCCGGAGCCCAAGCCACCGGAGGUGGACCUGAAGAGCAUUGUGGUGGAGUUCACCCCAGACCAGGUCGAGGAGUUCAAAGAUGCCUUCUCUCUUUUUGAUCAGACUCCCACAGGGGAGAUGAAGAUCACCUAUGCUCAGUGCGGUGAUGUCAUGCGCGCUCUGGGACACAACCCCACCAACAACGAGGUGCUGAAGCUGCUGGGCCGGCCAAAGGCUGAGGAGCUGAACAUCAAGCUGCUGGACUUUGACAACUUCCUGCCCAUGCUGCAGCAUGUGGCACGCUCCAAGGAGCAGGGCAACUUUGAGGACUUUGUGGAGGGCCUCAGGGUCUUUGACAAGGAAGGCAAUGGCACGGUGAUGGGGGCGGAGCUACGCCACGUCCUUGCUACUCUCGGAGAGAAGAUGACGGAGGACGAGGUGGACCGCUUGAUGGCAGGACAGGAGGACGCAAACGGGCACAUCAACUACACCGAGUUUGUCAAACACAUUCUGGCCGGGUAGAGCGCGGACCCCUCCCCCCAUGCCCCACCACCCCAGCUGCUCUGACCAACUCAGAUGUUGUCUCUCUGUCCAAUAAAACACUGAUCUGAGUGGUU